UACUCUUGAACUAGUAACAUUUUAAUUUCAGUAGUUUUUUUCGUGAUUUGUCAUUUACAUACAUAGUUUUCAUUUGUCAAAUUGUUUUAUGAUUCAGUUAGGAAAUGUUUAUUCAUUGAAAAAAAAUAACGAGUGCCUAUUAUGGGGCAAACACUUUAUAGGUGCUAAGGCUACAGCUGUGACUAAAACAAAAUUCCUAUCCUCAUGUGUCUAUGUCUAUCUGGCAAUGGCUGGAGACAGUAUCAGUAAGUGGGUAUAAAACAUUAAGGUAUUGUGAGGAUCUGCCAAAAAAUACUAUAAAUAGGCUGCCAGUAACAUAGUUAGGGAGAUGAGGCACACAAAAAGUCAAUAAUGAUGACAGAACACCCAGUCAGUGCCUUUAGCUAUACAUUGGGUGUGUAGGAGGGAAAAAUGUAUGUUUCGUGUUUCAUGAAUGAGAUACGGCAUGCUAAAAUGUGUUGGGGGUUAGUCUCACACUGUGUUCUACAGAUUAUAUUUGUAGGUAAAAGCAGUGGAUACAUUUGGGAUUUUGAGACGCUUCAUUGUAAAAAGAACCAUUCCUUUGCGUAGGCAGUAGCCAGUAAUUUAGGAAAGGGUCGCAGUAAAGAUUUCCAAUAGCAUUUGUCCUGUUUUAUUGUAUUCUUAAAAAAAAAAAAAAAAAGAAUUCUUACCAGUGUAAAAUUUGGAGUUAACACAUUUAAACAGAAUUAAAGAAAUUUUAAAGUUUCUAAAUGAUUAAAGAAAGACUAGGUGAGUAGAGUUUCAUUCACUCUGUCGUUAGUUAAUUUCCCUUUCUCAUUUGUUUUGUUGGUUCUGUGUUUUCUCCUUGUUUUGUGCAGAUGUUCCAUUGGGACUGUUUCCCAGAUUACUUUCUAAAUUAGCCAGCUGGGGUUACUUUACAAAACAGUAUGUAAUUUUUUUCCUUCUCCAUGCUAAACAGACUUGUUCUGCAGAACAGCGAGCUUGUAAUCAGUUCAGACUAAUUCUUCAUCACACUGUUAUAUGGAGGAAGGAUUUUAAUUAUUAGAGCUAAUUAAUAACACAGUGUACUGUAGGAAAAGAUCUACAUUCAAUUAUUAAAUAAUAAAUACCAAACCUCUGUAAGGCUUAAUAUCGUAGUACUAGUGAUUUACGAUUAUUAUACAUUGUUUGAGUAAUGAACAGUUCAUUCAUGUUCAUAAUUAAUUAUACAAACAGGAUACUGAAUCAGUUCCAGCCCAAUACCUUCUUCUUUGACAUUGGCACAGAGAUGUUGGAUCAUAAUUGGUCUCCAUAAUAUAGAAUCUUCUAAUUGUCUUUUUGAAGAUUUAAAAACUUGACAAAGAGUGUUUUUUAAUCAUAAAAUGGGAAAAAAGUGAAAAAUGCAGAAAUGUAUAAAGAGGAUAACCUUGAUGGGAUGCUCGUCCCCCAUUAUUUGGAUAUAAAAUUAUUUCUAAUUAUUGUUCUUAAGCAUAUCUUUGUAUACAAAUCUUUGCCUCUAAUUAUUUCCCAAAAAUAGAUUCUAAGAAGAGACGUUUUCAACAUGAAGGGUGCGAAGUCUUACAAGAUUCUUGCAUACUUACUCUUUUUUUUCCUAGAAAGCAUGUGCCAGGUUUACUCCUACAGCAUACUCCUUCAUGCUCUCACCAAUAUUGACUAUUUUAAAAGGCCGAGAGUGGUGUUUUAAUUUGAAAAUUUUAAUUUCUAGUGAAUCUGUCCACUUUUAUAUGCUUGUUGACUUGGAUAUUUUUUGUAUUCUUAGUCAACUGUUUCUAUUAAAGUGUUUUUUAAAGAUUUGUAAGAGCUCUUCAUUAUGUAUUAAUUAUUUUAACCCACUGUCAGGUUUAUCGGAAAGUAUCUUUUCUUUUUGACUUGUCUUUCGGCUGUAGCCUGUGAAUUGGUGUCCCUUCCUACAGGCUUUUUCAAUCAAUUCUUCAAACACCACCUUUAUAUAUUGUGGUCAAAAGCCUAAAAUGUCUUCCUGUAACAUAAAAUAUCAAGUCUUAAACUAGUAAUUCUCAAACUUUAGUGUGAAAAGGAUCAUUUUCAGAGAGGUAUGUUUGAAAUGUAGAUUGCCAGAUUUAGGUUCUGUGAAUCCAACCUAGGACUCGGGAGCCUUCAUUUUUAAUAAGAAUUCCAUAUUCUGAUAUAGAUGAUAAGCAGACUGCCCUUUGAGAAACAGUGUUUUAAACUUCUUAGCCUGGCAUUCAGGGCUUUUGAUGAUAUGCCCUAGCUUAGUAUUUGCCUAUAUUCCCCGAUGUGAAAACUGCUCUUGCUGGAGUUAUCUACUCACUGUCUCCUGAGGAUUGCAUAGACAAAUCCACCUUCAAGCCCUUGUGACUACAAGUGCUAUCUAAAUAUAAGGUAAUUAUGCUAUCUUCCCUGGAAUUUCUUCCACUUUCUACUUUGUUCAAGCCCUAGCGUCACUUUGAGAUGCAGCUCUGUUUCCAUCUUUUCAUAAAAGCCUUCCCUGACACUUUAAGCAGAUUGAGUUGCUUCCCUUCUAUGGCCCUAGGUAGUCAUGUAUGACCUUUCAUUGUUCCCUGCGUCGUUGGUUUUUUUUUUUUUUAUGUGAGUAAUCUCAUAUUGGAAACCCUGGUGGCGUAGUGGUUAAGAGCUACAGCUCCUAACCAAAAUGUCGGCAGUUCAAAUCCACCGUGCACUCCUUGGUAACUCUUAUGAGACAGUUCUACUCUAGGGUUGCUGUGAGUCGGAAUUAACUCAGUGGCAGUGGGUUUUGGUUUUUGGAAUCUCAUUGUUCAUUAUUCAUUGGCAGGAUUUUUACCUUGUAUCUUUUUUUUAAACCUUCCACAGAACCUGUGUGGAAAUAAACACAAAUGCCCAUGCCUUUAUGAAUCUAGGCUAUUUUGAAAUAUUCACUGACAUUCAGUGAAUAUUUUUAAAAAUGAAACCAAUUUGUUCUUCCCAUUCACCUCGUCCAUAGCCUUUAAUUCUACAGAUUUUAUUUGUAUUAUCUCUAAGCCGUGGUCAUUAAAGUUUGAAGAGUGCCUCAUCUUUUUAAUUUAUCAUGAUGUUCCUUCACCCCAUGGUUUGUAAUUCUGUUGAUUGUUGAUAGGUUAUCAGUAGCUCUAAUUUCAUGUAUUAUUGCAGUUUAAUAUUAUUAGCAUUAGUUUUUUUUUCUGACAGGAAGAUUUUGGACUUUAUGGGGAGGAUGCCUUACAGAAUUGCACGGGAAGCCCUUUAGAUUAUGGUCAUUUCUAGUUUGAUGUGUUGUAGAUCUCUCCCUGACAGCUCCACCCCAGAUGAUCAGGUCCCUGACCUAGAUCUGCAGUCUAACAGUAAUAUCCUGAGUUGUUUCUCCAAUGACUAGAACUAAGGCUGACACUGGGGAAAGGAAAGGAGAUUCCUGUAUCUCCGCAGCCUGGAUUUGAUGCUAACUGUUGAGUAGCAAUUUUAGAGAUGCCUCUUACCUUCAUUUCUCUGUAAACCAGCCCCCUGGGAAAAAGAAUGACAGCAUAUGCUGGGGAAAUGAAAGGGGUUGGUGAGGGCAAUCUAGUCAACAUCUGUCACUCCAUUGCUUGUUAGGAUUAUUUUAGCUGAUUUGUCUGACUGGGCAGGUGUCCCCUUUCUCCCUCAGUGCUCCAUGUGCAUCCCUCUUGAAGCUUCGCACUCUGUUGAAGAGGACACUCAUCUCAGUCAUUAUUUAGAGGCAAGGUCCUUGAAUGAGAGAGAUUAUCGGGACCGGAGGUACAUUGAUGAAUACAGAAAUGACUACUGCGAAGGAUACGUUCCUAGGCAUUAUCACAGAGACAUUGAAAGCAGUUAUCGAAUCCACUGCAGUAAAUCUUCAGGCCGAAGCAGGAAAAGCAGUCCAAAAAGGAAGCGUAAUAGACACUGUUCAAGUCAUCAGUCACGUUCGAAGAGCCACCGAAGGAAAAGACCCAGGAGUAUAGAGGAUGAUGAGGAGGGUCACCUGAUCUGUCAAAGUGGAGACGUUCUAAGAGCAAGAUAUGAAAUCGUGGAUACUUUGGGUGAAGGGGCUUUUGGCAAAGUUGUAGAGUGCAUUGACCAUGGCAUGGAUGGCAUGCAUGUGGCAGUGAAAAUUGUAAAAAAUGUAGGUCGAUACCGUGAAGCAGCUCGUUCGGAAAUUCAAGUAUUGGAGCAUUUAAAUAGUACUGAUCCCAAUAGUGUCUUCCGAUGUGUCCAGAUGCUGGAAUGGUUUGAUCAUCAUGGUCAUGUUUGUAUUGUGUUUGAGCUGCUGGGACUUAGUACCUAUGAUUUCAUUAAAGAAAACAGCUUUCUGCCAUUUCAGAUUGACCACAUCAGGCAGAUGGCAUAUCAGAUCUGCCAGUCAAUAAAUUUUUUGCAUCAUAAUAAAUUAACUCAUACAGAUCUGAAGCCUGAAAAUAUUUUAUUUGUGAAGUCUGACUAUGUAGUCAAAUAUAAUUCUAAAAUGAAACGUGAUGAACGCACACUGGAAAACACAGAUAUCAAAGUUGUUGACUUUGGAAGUGCAACGUACGAUGAUGAACAUCACAGCACUUUAGUGUCUACACGGCAUUACAGAGCUCCAGAGGUCAUUUUAGCUCUAGGUUGGUCUCAGCCUUGUGAUGUUUGGAGCAUAGGUUGCAUUCUUAUCGAAUAUUACCUUGGUUUCACAGUCUUUCAGACUCAUGAUAGUAAAGAGCACCUGGCAAUGAUGGAACGAAUAUUAGGACCCAUACCAACACACAUGAUUCAGAAAACAAGGAAACGGAAGUAUUUUCACCAUAACCAGCUGGAUUGGGAUGAACAUAGUUCUGCUGGUAGAUAUGUUAGGAGACGCUGCAAACCAUUAAAGGAAUUUAUGCUAUGUCAUGAUGAAGAACAUGAGAAGCUAUUUGACCUGGUUCGAAGAAUGUUAGAAUAUGAUCCAGCUGAAAGAAUUACCUUGGAUGAAGCAUUGCAGCAUCCUUUCUUUGACUUAUUAAAAAAGAAAUGAAAUGGAAAUCAGUGGUCUUACUGUAUAUAUACUUCUCUAGAAGAGAUUACUUAAGACUGUGUCAGUCAACUAAACAUUCUAAUAUUUUUGUAAACAUUAAAUUAUUUUGUGCAGUUAAGUGUAAAUACUGUAUGUUUUGUAUCAAUAGCAUUAUCUUGUUAAGCAAAUAUGGUCUUGGUAAUGAAUGAAAUACAAAAGUUAAAAUUAAAUUUCCUUUUUGAUCUUAAUUAUCAUUUUUAAAGACCUUUGGAAUAUAUUUUGUGUCUGGUGAUAAAUGUGAUUGGUCUUGCUUUUUGUACGUGGAGGUUGACUCUUUAAAGUGAUUUUUUUGAGUAAAGGAAAUCUUGACUAUUUUUGUUCUUAAAUGAAUAUUCGUAUAUCCCUCAAAUUCAGAACUGUUUAAAAGUUUUUCCUGUAAUUGUUGGAUACUAGGUGGUAUACACACAGGUAUUGGAAACCAAAAUCCAUAGGAAAAUGCCUAUGUGGGGAAUCUUAUUAAAUUGUGAGUAUUGUAUUCCUUCUCAUUUGGGUGAUGUUGAUGAUAAGGAGGCAUUAGUAGAAAGAUACCCAGUUUGCCCACCCUGGUUUUAAUAAAAAGAAUAUACACGCUUCAUAUAAGAUUACAGUCAAACUGAAACGUUGGCUUGGAGAAUCGUAUUUGUUAAGGGCUGUUUGGUCAGUUGCAAGCAUAUAAAUAGUAAUUCUGAUGACUGAGGUUUUAGUUUUUAAUGCCAAGUCCUAAGGAGUCUUGAAAAUGUCGUAACAUCUGUUUCCUUAUCAAGUCAAGUGAAUCUUUACAUCUCAGCCGGUAAGAAUUAAGGGCUAUUAUUAAGCAGUUCAUGUUUGUGUUAAUCUGUACUGGAGAAAAAGAAGGAUUUGAUUGGAGGACACUUUCAGGCAGGAGCUCUUCAGAAAUUUCUAGAACCUAAUUGGUGGUUAACAAACUUUUUGAUUGUAGGUAUUGUUCUUAUGAUACCUGUUCUCACAUAAAAACUACGUGGUAACUGUUAAGUUAAAAACAAUCUAUUGAUAUCGUUCAGUCUGCCAGGUAGAAAUUUAUUUCAUUGUAGGAUUCAAAUAGGUUGUUUUUUGUUAAAAGUGUCCCCAUUUCACAAAUGCAUUACACCAAAGAUUUGAAUUUUAUUUGUUCAUGUGUUGUAGACAUAAAAUGCAUGGAAUUUUCUUGAAUGACAAAUAGUAAGUGAAACCAGUCUGGGUGCCGUAAGUUAUCCAGGGGAACAUUAGCCAGUAUAGGAAGGCCACGUUCCUAAAGUUGACUAAUAAUUUGGGAACGCUGAAACAAGUUUUAUUAUAGAAUCACUACAUAAAUUAUGUUUAGGCCUCUGCUGCAAUCCGUGUAUAGUGAAUGUACCUUCAGAAUAGUUAAAUGUAUCAUAAGAGAUUUUUUUGAGGGGUACAGAGUAUUUGAUGUAAAAGUUGCUUUUUCCUAAGCCUAGGCACGUUGCUGGCCAUUGAUCUGCCAUCCUUUAUUUCCCUUUUCCAUUCAUCCAGUGCCGCUACUGCCUAAGCCUCCUGUCCUUUUCCCCAGCAAGUACUUCACUUUCCUAAAUUAACCUUGAUUCUCUCCCCCAUUAAAGACUGAUUUUCUCAGAAUAACUGACCUCAGGAUAUAGGAGGAAAGGAAACUUAUAUUUGUUACUAAGAAAUGAUUGCUGACCCUUUUUCCUUCUGAAAAGUAUUUCUUCCAAAAGGUACUUGCUAAUUUUUAGGCCUGAUUCAUGGAAACUUAAAAAAUUAGAUAGAUGGAAGAAUGUUUAACAGGGUGUUUAUCAGUCUGGGCUCAUGAGUAUCUGUUGUCAACCUUCCCCUCCCUCUCUUUAAUUGCCUUUUUUCUACUUCUGAACUCACUUUCUAGAAGCUCCAGGUGUUUUGACAGUGUUGGGAGCUUCAGUACUAAAAGGGAAAGGUUCUGAAUGGCUAGUGUGUAAGUAAAUAUGAGUCAUUGGAAAUUUAGAUAUUUUUCUUAAACAAUAACAUGCCUCAGUUUAUUUCUAGCAAUUUUAUUCAAGCUAAGGCUGGUUUUCUUAAUGAGAUAUUUUAAAGUGUAGCUAAAUUGGUUAUUUCCAGUGUUUCUGCUGCUGUUUAUUGAGGUAUUGGCAUUCAUCCAUUCAUUCAACAAGACUUUCAGAGUAGAUGAAUAAAAUUGAUGCCUGCUAUUAUUAAAUUGACAGAAGCAACUACCCUGUGAAAUUUUUAUGGUUCAUUAAAUUAAAAAAAAUUCUUGUCAAUAAUCUUAAAAAGUGCUAGAGGCUAGAGAAAUUAGAAAUGACUUGCCCAAGUAUCUCAAUAAAUGUGGCUGAA